UGAUAUAUUUUCUGUGUAAACAAAGAAGGAAUAGGGUUAUGUUGUUGAUUCAAAAUUUUUAAAAAUUAUAAAUAUAUAUUACAAUAGCACAUGAUACAAUAAUACAAAAAUCUUCAAAUAUUACAACAUCGAAUAUGGACUUUGAGAUUGAAAAUAUUCCAAUCCAUAUAGAAGAACUUGAUUCAGACCCGAUAAAUGUUCCUGGGCCUAGCAAUGCAAUAAUUGAUCAAGAAAUGGACUUUAUUUCAGAAAAUGAAAACAGUGAUGAUCAUAGUGAACAGGAAGACGGUAAAAUUGAAGAUGACUUUUCUACAAGAAGAAAAGUUGUGAGUAAGCUUUCUGUUCAUAUGAAAGGUUUGAUGGGUGAAGCUAAUUUAAGAUACGCUAAAGGUGAUCUAGAAACAUCCAAAAAAAUGUGUUUCGAGGUAAUAAGGCAGGAAUCCAAAGCUUACGAACCUUACUUAACUCUUUCUCAAGUGUAUGAAAAUACAAAUUCAAAAAAACAUAAAGCUUAUCUCAUGUUAGCAAAUCACUUGGCUCCCGGUAAAAAGGAUAUAGCAUGCAGAUUGGCUGAAUUAUAUUUACAAGAUGGAGAAAUAAAUGAAGCAAUCAAAUGUUACUCUAGAACACUGAGAUAUCUUAAAACAGAUAUAAGUAUAUAUCUCAAGAAAAUUGACUUAUUGGAAAAGAAAGGAGAAACUAAACUUCUUCUCAGUCAUAAGCAAACUAUGGUUAGAAAUAUAUCUGUGAAGCAUUCUAAACUGAUUAUGAAUGUAUCGAUGGAAGUAGCCAAAGAGUAUUUUAAAGAUAAAAAAUAUCACUCUGCUAUAGAAACUUUGGAAAUUCCGAUCAGAAGAAUACCAAAAGAAGUAACAAAUGAUCUUAUCAAUAUGAUAUUGGAACUGUAUAUCAUCAAUGAAUGCUAUUCAAAGUGUCUUGAUAUUUUCACAGAAUUUUGUGGAUUCAGUUUUGAUAUCAGUGUCACUGAAAACAACACAAUUAUAGUAAAUACGUAUAUUUCACCUGAAAAUCUUCAAAUCGACCUCAAAAUAAAAUUCAUCAUUUGUUUGAUAAAGUUGAGAGCGGAUAAUUUAUUUCCACAAUUAAUUAAUGAAAUGCUCAUUGAAGAUGAUGUCGAAAUGUUUGGUGACUUAUAUUUAGAUGUAGUAGAGGCACUCAUGAUUACUGAUUACCAACAAGAAGCAUUGAAAUUACUCGUGCCGUUAGUAAAGAGCAAGAGUUUUUCUCUUGCUGGGGUUUGGCUGAAAUAUGCUGAGUGUUUGGCUGCCUGCGAAAUGCUUGAACAGGCAACCGAUGCUUAUUACGAAGUAAUGAAACUUGCACCGUCACACAUAGAGGCGUUGUAUCCUUUGGCAAUGUUGCUUCUUAAACAGAACAAACGAACAGAAGCAUUGCAAGUGCUAUCCCAAGACUUGAGCACGAAUAAGUUAGAUGUUGCUGUACUGAUUGAACAAAUGAAGCUUCUUCGACAAAUCAAUGAUUGGAAAAGUUACUGGAAGAGUUGUGAACUACUUUUAUCGAGACAUUGUAUAGUUUUGAAAUAUUCGGAAGAACUAAAAAUAGUCAUGACCAGAGAUACUUAUAACCAAAAAGCUGUUCGAUUGAAGAAGAUGAGGAAUUUUAGAAGCGAAAAUACAGAAAUCGAGACCGACUUUGUAAGCAUUAGAGAGCCAAGUGUAGAGGAAGAGUAUGAUCUCUAUAAGGAAAUAUUACAAAUGGCAAAAGAUAAGGAAGAGUAUGGUCUCCUGCAGAAAUUUACUUUCAUGGGCUUAUGCUCUAAAAGAUUCACUAAAUAUUUUAAUGAGAUCUACUUGAUGGCAUUUUUCUCGUGCUUAUUAUGCUCCGAUAUUUUCCAUGGCUAUAACAUAAUAAGAGAUCUUCUCAUAAGGUACCCAAAAGUUAAUCUGUGUUGGAAUUGGUUCGGAAUAAUGACGGCAACACCCGAUGAUAUUCGGCACACAAGGUUUCUGGAGAGAUCUUCGGCCUUACACAUAGAUAUAUUAGAGAAACGACGAAAGAUUGUUGCUAAUAAUGAUGUAUGGACAGGAAACUACAUUUCGGGAAUAAAUUAUUUCUUGAAAGAUUUGAAGGAGACCAAUUCUGCCUAUUCUGCUUUCAUGCUGAGCAUCGUCAUGCUGCAGUAUCAAUUCCAGAGGAACAUUGAUCGCAGUAAAAAGAAGAUGCUCGCCGAAACUGUAACUUAUUUAUUUUUGAAUUACUCUAUGCUACGAAGUAAAAAGGCAGCUCAUGAGGUAUACUACAAUCUAGGCAGGAUGUAUCACCAGUUGGGAAUAAUUUACCUAGCAGAGUACUAUUAUAAAAAGGUAUUUGAAGUGCACAACGAACUUUUGGAGAAAUACCCACACAUCUUGUGUUUGAAAUAUGAAGCUGCUUUUAAUUUACACCUUAUUUACAAAAAUAAUGGAAAUCUUAUAGCAGCUAGGAAUAUAUUGUAUGAACAUAUAGUAAUUUGAGAAAUUUCUAAAUGUGAAACAGUAUUAAAUAUAUUGUUACGUUUUCCUUGUGGGUUUGACAAUAAUUGACCACACUGUACAAUUGAAAUCAACUUUAUUUCACUACUACACUGUCAAUAUAACACAAAAGCUUCAACUGAACUUCAGACCAAUACUCGAAUGUCAAUCGUCUUAUUAGCCCACUUCGUACCGCACUUUCAACUAGACUUCCUUCAUCUGCCUGUUGGUAGUGUUUAUAUCCUGAUGGAAGUAUCUGGAAGCCAAUAGGAAUCUUCUGGAAGCGGUGCGACACGUAGAACAAGCGAGAAACGCAGAGUUGAUUGAUGAAUACCACCGGCGGCCGCCGUAAAUUUUUUUCAGGGGAUGUUUCUUCUUUGAAAUAUAUGUAAAUUAUGGUAAUACAAUUAUGUCUUCCUAUUGAUAUCAUAUGAUAUGAUUUUUGGCUUCAGUUUCAUGUACCUACUUCAAAGUUAAUUAAAUGUUGUGAAUUUUUA